AGUUGAUUGGUCAGAGGGCAGGCGAAGGCAGGGUCUGGCUGAGCGGGAGCCCUGCCGCCCGGCGGGGUCCCAGAGCCCUAGUUCUGAGUUGCUGCCGCUUCAGGAGCUGAGAGGAGCAGGGAGGAUGGAACUGCAGGAUCCAAAGAUGAACGGAGCCCUCCCUGGGGGUGCUGUGGACUACAGGCAGGAGCACGAGGGCUUCCUGCCCAGCCAUAGUCCUUCUCCUGGGAGGAAGCCAGCCCAGUUCAUGGAUGCCCCGGCACUGGUCUCCUUCCCUGGUCCCCCUCCCCAUGUGUGCCCGGGCCUUGCCCCUUACCCGCAGUUCGAGGGGAAGACAUCGUUUGGAAUGUCAGUGUUCAACCUCAGCAACGCCAUCAUGGGCAGCGGCAUCCUGGGGCUGGCCUAUGCCAUGGCCCACACAGGGGUCCUCUUCUUCUUGGCCCUGCUGCUCUGCAUCGCUCUUCUGUCUUCGUACUCCAUCCAUCUCCUGCUGACCUGUGCUGGUGUUGUAGGCAUCCGAGCCUAUGAACAGCUGGGACAGAGGGCGCUGGGGCCUGUGGGGAAGGUAGUGGUGGCCGCGGUCAUCUGUCUGCACAAUGUUGGGGCCAUGUCCAGUUACCUGUUCAUCAUCAAAUCCGAACUCCCCCUGGUUAUCGGCACUUUCCUGGACAUGGACCCUGAGGGGGACUGGUUCUUGAAGGGAAACCUCCUCAUCAUCAUUGUCAGUGUGUUAAUCAUCCUGCCACUGGCCCUCAUGAGACACUUGGGCUACCUGGGGUAUACCAGUGGUCUCUCUCUGACCUGUAUGCUAUUUUUCCUCAUUUCGGUCAUCUAUAAGAAGUUCCAGCUUGGCUGUGCUAUAGGCCACAAUGAGACAGCAGUGGAGAGGAAGAGCCCCCCAAGCCUCAACACAAGCUGUGAGGCCCAGAUGUUCACAGCUGACUCACAGAUGUUCUACACAGUGCCCAUUAUGGCUUUUGCUUUUGUCUGCCACCCUGAGGUGCUGCCCAUCUACACAGAACUCUGCCGGCCCUCCAAGCGCAGAAUGCAGGCCGUGGCCAACGUGUCCAUUGGGGCCAUGUUCUGCAUGUAUGCACUCACAGCGACCUUUGGCUACCUGACCUUCUACAGCAGCGUGGAGGCGGAGAUGCUGCACAUGUACAGCCAGCAGGAUCUGCUCAUCCUCUGUGUGCGCCUAGCCGUGCUGCUUGCGGUGACUCUCACUGUGCCAGUUGUGCUGUUCCCUAUCCGCCGGGCUCUGCAGCAGCUGCUCUUCCCAAGCAAGGCCUUCAGCUGGCCACGCCAUGUGGCCAUAGCCCUGAUCCUCCUUGUCUUGGUCAAUGUCCUCGUCAUCUGCGUGCCAACUAUCCGGGAUAUCUUUGGGGUUAUCGGGUCCACCUCAGCCCCCAGCCUCAUUUUCAUCCUUCCCAGCGUCUUCUACCUCCGCAUUGUACCCUCUGAGGUGGAGCCCCUCUACUCCUGGCCCAAGAUCCAGGCUCUGUGUUUUGGUAUCCUGGGGGUCCUCUUCAUGGCGAUCAGUCUAGGUUUCAUGUUUGCCAACUGGGCCACAGGCCAGAGCCAUGUAUCUGGACACUGACCAAGCCCUGCUCCACCUGGGCCCCCGUGUGCAUGUGCCUGUGCACGUGGAGUAAGAUGGGGCUGCUCUCCCGGGUCCCUCCUGCCUGGAGUGUGGAGGUGGCUGGUUCCCAUCAACGUGGCUGUUUCCCAUCAACAUGGCUGUUGGAGGUAGGGGGCUACAGAGGCUGAAGAGUGGUCCUCUCCCUUCCUCCCCAGGGGAUGCCGAGCUUGGAUCAUGGCCCUAACCCCAACUCCAGCCCCACGGGAGGAGGGGGAGGCCAGGUCCUUGGGGAGCCCCUGCCCAACCCAGUCUUUUCUGCCUCCUCCUGGCAGAAGCUGUUUGUCAGGAUCACCCUCGAGCUAAAGGGGAAGAAUAAAGAUGCUGAAUUGCAACUCUG